GAAAAGUUCGGUGGCAAGACUUUGAUCAAGAUGCUUAUGUUGGCGCUACCAUGGUGCGAUCUGGUCAGGAUCCAUAUGCCCGCAAUAAGUUUAAUCAGGUAGAAAGUGACAAACUGCGAAUGGACCGAAGCAUUCCUGACACUAGGCAUGAUCAGUGUCAACGGAAACAAUGGGGGGUAGAUUUCCCAGCCACUAGUGUGGUGAUCACCUUUCAUAAUGAGGCAAGAUCUGCUUUGCUUCGAACUGUUGUCAGUGUCCUUAAAAAAAGCCCAUCACAUCUUAUUAAGGAAAUCAUACUGGUGGAUGACUACAGUAACGAUUCUGAGGAUGGUGCUCUCUUGGGAAAAAUUGAAAAAGUGCGGGUUCUUCGAAAUGAUCGCCGAGAAGGCCUGAUGCGCUCCCGUGUCAGAGGGGCAGAUGCAGCACAAGCAAAAGUACUGACCUUCCUGGAUAGUCACUGUGAAUGCAAUGAACACUGGCUGGAACCGCUUUUGGAAAGAGUAGCUGAGGACAAGACCAGAGUUGUGUCUCCUAUUAUUGAUGUAAUUAAUAUGGACAACUUCCAGUAUGUGGGGGCGUCAGCUGAUUUAAAAGGCGGCUUUGAUUGGAACCUGGUGUUCAAGUGGGAUUACAUGACGCCAGAGCAAAGAAGAGCACGGCAAGGAAAUCCAGUUGCUCCCAUAAAGACACCCAUGAUAGCUGGUGGGUUAUUUGUGAUGGACAAAUCCUAUUUUGAAGAACUAGGGAAGUAUGACAUGAUGAUGGAUGUUUGGGGUGGAGAAAACUUAGAGAUCUCAUUCAGAGUUUGGCAAUGCGGUGGGAGCCUAGAAAUCAUCCCUUGCAGCAGAGUGGGUCACGUAUUCCGCAAACAGCAUCCUUACACAUUUCCCGGUGGGAGUGGUACCGUGUUUGCAAGAAAUACACGCAGGGCAGCAGAAGUCUGGAUGGAUGAGUAUAAAAAUUUCUAUUAUGCAGCAGUGCCUUCAGCCAGGAAUGUACCUUAUGGCAAUAUUCAAAGCCGAAUGGAACUCAGAAAGAGACUUAGCUGCAAACCCUUCAAGUGGUAUCUUGAAAAUGUUUAUCCUGAGUUACGGGUACCUGAUCAUCAAGAUAUAGCUUUUGGGGCUUUGCAGCAGGGUACCAAUUGCCUUGACACUUUGGGCCAUUUUGCAGAUGGUGUUGUUGGAGUUUAUGAAUGUCAUAAUGCCGGGGGAAACCAG